AUGAUUGUAAGCUUUCGUCACCCUCCAGCUACGAGGCCAAUCAUGUGGUAUGCAACAAUUGUGCUUUUUCAACAUGCACUUCAUGCAGUGCCUCAUUCCGUAAUAGGCACACCUCAUGCCUUCUUCCGGCCGAUAUUCGUGACACCGUCCACGGUCACCAUGAGCGAAGUCUACUACUGGUGUCUGGCCAGGUUCUUCGGUGGUGCUCGCAGUCGCCGAACUCGCCACAGCGACCAUCGCCAGAAGAAGAAGAAGAGGAACCAAUCUGCGGGAAAGACGCACAUUCGUUAA